GCACUGACAGAACUGACACACUUUGGCUGGACCAAUCACAGUUUAGCUACGACAGUUCUCCCCAGUAGUGAGUGCAGGCUUGGCAGGCUGUUGCAGAAGUGUAGUUUGGGACGGAUAACUUUGGCUGAUACCGUGGUGCAGAGGGCCGGAUGAUCAAGACAACUUCUCUGCUUUCUAGUAUUCUCUUCUGCAAGUUCACUUUCUCAUUUGGUUUUCAGUUUCACUGGAUCUGCGUGUUGUGCUUUGAGCUCUAGUGCACAGCAUCUCUGGCAUUACAGUCUCUGUCAGACUGUGGUCUGAAAGGGUUUUGCCUUGCUGUGACUGUGGGCUGGGAUGGCUGACUUGGUGAGAGUGAGGAGGAAGCAGCUGCAGACGCCCAUCUCCAGGCUAAGGUGUAUGAUCAAGCAACUGGAGGAGAAAGAUGUGGACUUUGAAGAACUGAAAAAAAACUUGGAGUACACAGCAUCAUUACUAGAGGCUGUUUACAUUGACGGGACCAGGCAGGGUUUAGAUGCGGAGGACGACCUGCAGAAGCUCCACUCGGAUGGCGUUCCCACAGAGGUUACCGAUUGGCUGGCUUCGACAUUCACUCAGAAGGCCCGCCGACCCGCACGUCGCUCCGACGACAAGCCAAAGUUCCGCAGCAUUGUACAUGCAGUGCAGGCUGGGAUAUUUGUUGAAAGGAUGUUCAGAAGGGCCUACACAGCUGCUAUGCCUAACCAACCUGCAGAAGUGGUUAACUGUCUCCGGGACAUUGACACGUGGAACUUCGAUGUGUUCUCCCUAACCACGGCCAGUGACAACCAUCCCCUGCAGACUCUCUUUUUCGAGUUGGUUACCCGUUACGAACUCAACAGCAAAUUCAAGAUCCCCAUCUCCUGUCUGACAUGGUUUCUGGAGAAGCUGGAGAGGGGCUACGCCAAACACAACAACCCAUACCACAGCAGCAUCCACGCCGCUGACGUCACCCAGACCCUGCACUGUCUCCUGCUUCGGACAGGCCUGGUGCAUUGGCUGACUGAACUGGAGGUGUUGGCGUCUCUGUUUGCCGCGGCAAUCCAUGACUACGAACAUACUGGAACUACCAACAACUUCCUCAUUCACACCAAGUCAGACUUUGCCAUGAUCUACAAUGACAGGUCAGUCCAAGAGAGCCACCACAUCAGUGCAACAUUUCGCCUUCUUCAAGAAGACCAGUCUAAUAUUUUUGUCAACCUCUCCAGAGAAGAGUGGAUGGAACUGAGGGCGCUGGUGAUUGAGAUGGUGCUGGCUACAGACAUGUCGUCUCAUCUUGUCCAGGUCAAAGCAAUGAAGGCUUGUCUGCAGCAGACUGAUGGCAUAGAGAAGCCCAAAGCACUGUCCCUUCUCCUGCACACAGCAGACAUCAGCCACCCCUCCAAGCCCUGGGCUCUACACUCUCGCUGGACCAAAGCCCUCAUGGAUGAGUUCUUCAGACAGGGUGACCGAGAGGCAGAGCUUGGUCUUCCCUUCUCUCCGCUGUGUGAUCGGAACAGCACCCUAGUUGCAGAGUCACAGAUUGGCUUCAUAGACUUCAUAGUGGAGCCCACGUUCUCUCUGUUGACCGACAUGGCAGAGAAGAUAGUAAUUCCACUGGUUGAAGAAAACCCAGGUCCACCAGACCCCUGCAAUCGGCAUAGUAAUUUGUGGAAGGAGAGUUCCAGGGGUUUACAGUGGAGCCUGGCGCACAUCACCUCGGAGCUGGUCAGCUUCCGAUCCACAUGGACGCGGCACACAGAAGACAACAAGUUCAAAUGGAGGGAAAGCAACUCCAAUGGGUUCUUGGAUCAGAUAAUGAAGAAGCAUUCAUUGGCUGAUGAAAAGGAUGAGCAUUCUGGUGAUACUACAGAGUAGUAAAACACCAGGAAAUAAUAGUCAAUAAAUGUUUUUAUUUAAUAUUGCAA